AUGAUGGAGAGCGUCGGCGUGUAUAAGUUUUGCGGGUGUACGUCGAAAAACAAAAUGAAGUGCGACUCGCGGUGGGAGGUGACCGCUGCAGAAACGGCCCCCACGUCUGCGUAUUCAUCUCCUGCCCGGAGUCUUGGGGACACAGGGAUCACGCCUCUGUCCCCUUCCCAUAUCGUGAACGAUGCCAACUCCAGCGUCGCGGAGCAGCAGACGUUCCUUGUGGUGGUGGCCGUGGACUUCGGGACCACGUCGAGCGGCUACGCCUACAGCUUCACCAAGGAGCCCGAGUGCAUCCAUGUGAUGAGGCGGUGGGAAGGAGGUGACCCCGGGGUGUCCAGCCAGAAGACGCCCACCACCAUCCUGCUGACCCCCGAGAGGAAGUUCCACAGCUUCGGGUACGCGGCCAGGGACUUCUACCACGACCUGGACCCCACCGAGGCCAAGCAGUGGCUGUACCUGGAGAAGUUCAAGAUGAAGCUGCACACGACCGGGGACCUCACCUUGGAUACAGAACUGACAGCGGCCAACGGCAAGAAGAUCAAAGCCCUGGAGAUCUUCGCUUACGCCCUGCAGUACUUCAAGGAGCAGGCGCUGAAGGAGCUGAGCGACCAGGCGGGUUCGGAGUUCGAUAACGCUGACGUCAGAUGGGUCAUCACGGUGCCUGCCAUCUGGAAGCAGCCCGCCAAGCAGUUCAUGAGGCAAGCUGCCUACCAGGCGGGCCUGGCCUCCCCCGAGAACGCGGAGCAGCUCAUCAUCGCCCUGGAGCCCGAGGCCGCCUCCAUCUACUGCCGGAAGCUGCGGCUGCACCAGAUGAUCGAGCUGAGCAGCAAGUCUGCGGUCAAUGGGUACAGCUCCAGAGACACAGUAGGAGCUGGGUUUGCACAGGCUAAGGAGCACGUGCGGCGCAAUCGGCAGAGCCGGACCUUUUUGGUGGAGAAUGUCAUAGGCGAGAUCUGGUCCGAGCUGGAGGAAGGUGACAAGUACGUGGUGGUGGACAGUGGCGGUGGCACUGUGGACCUGACCGUCCAUCAGAUUCGGUUGCCGGAGGGGCACCUCAAGGAGCUUUACAAAGCCACAGGCGGGCCCUAUGGCUCCUUGGGAGUGGAUUACGAGUUCGAGAAGCUCCUGUGCAAGAUAUUCGGAGAGGAUUUCAUCGAGCAAUUCAAGAUCAAGCGUCCCGCCGCCUGGGUCGACCUGAUGAUCGCGUUCGAGUCUCGCAAGAGGGCGGCCGCCCCGGACCGCACCAACCCGCUGAACAUCACGCUGCCCUUCUCCUUCAUCGAUUACUACAAGAAGUUCCGUGGCCAUAGCGUGGAGCACGCCCUGCGCAAGAGCAACGUGGACUUUGUGAAGUGGUCCUCCCAGGGCAUGCUGAGGAUGAGCCCCGACGCCAUGAACGCCCUUUUCAAGCCGACCAUCGACAGCAUCAUCGAGCACCUGCGGGACCUGUUCCAGAAGCCCGAGGUGUCGGCCGUCAAGUUCCUGUUCCUGGUGGGCGGCUUCGCCGAGGCGCCGCUGCUGCAGCAGGCGGUGCAGGCGGCCUUCGGGGACCGCUGCCGCAUCAUCAUCCCUCAGGACGUGGGCCUCACCAUCCUCAAGGGCGCCGUGCUCUUCGGCCUGGACCCGGCGGUCAUCAAGGUGCGCCGGUCGCCGCUCACCUACGGGGUGGGCGUGCUCAACCGCUACGUGGAGGGCAAGCACCCGCCCGAGAAGCUGCUGGUGAAGGACGGCACCCGCUGGUGCACCGACGUCUUCGACAAGUUCAUCGCCGCCGACCAGUCGGUGGCGCUGGGCGAGCUGGUCAAGCGCAGCUACACGCCCGCCAAGCCGUCCCAGCUGGUCAUCGUCAUCAACGUGUACAGCUCGGAGCGCGACGACGUGAGCUUCAUCACCGACCCCGGCGUCCGCAAGUGCGGCUCGCUGCGCCUGGAUCUCAGCGGCACGGCCGGCGGCCCCGCCGCGCCCGCCCGCAGGGAGAUCCAGACCCUCAUGCAGUUCGGGGACACCGAGAUCAAGGCCAUGGCCGUCGACGUGGCCACCUCCAAGAGCGUCAAGGUGGGCAUCGACUUCUUGAAUUACUGA